UCCUAUUCCUACCCAGGAACUCGACACUAACAAAAUGACAAUUCCCAUUUCUACCGCGGAGCUCCACACACAGGUAGUAAACAGACCACCUAUGCUUAAUGAGGAACAUGACAAAAAAAUUAGACCACCAAUUCCCACAGAGGAGUUCGACAUCAAGGAAACCUCAACUCCCAUUCCUACCAAGGAGCAUCACACAGAGGAAAUUGUACCACCGAUUCCUACUGAAAAGUCAGAGACCGAGGAAAUAACACCUCCCGUUCCUACCAAAGAGCUUGACACAGAGGAAAUUGUGCCACCGAUUCCUACUGAAAAGUCAGAGACCGAGGAAAUAACACCUCCCGUUCCUACCAAAGAGCUUGACACAGAGGAAAUUGUGCCACCGAUUCCUACUGAAAAGUCAGAGACCGAGGAAAUAACACCUCCCGUUCCUACCAAAGAGCUUGACACAGAGGAAAUUGUGCCACCGAUUCCUACUGAAAAGUCAGAGACCGAGGCAAUAACACCUCCCGUUCCUACCAAAGAGCUUGACACAGAGGAAAUUGUGCCACCGAUUCCUACUGAAAAGUCAGAGACCGAGGAAAUAACACCUCCCGUUCCUACCAAAGAGCUUGACACAGAGGAAAUUGUGCCACCGAUUCCUACUGAAAAGUCAGAGACCGAGGAAAUAACACCUCCCGUUCCUACCAAAGAGCUUGACACAGAGGAAAUUGUGCCACCGAUUCCUACUGAAAAGUCAGAGACCGAGGAAAUAACACCUCCCGUUCCUACCAAAGAGCUUGACACAGAGGAAAUUGUGCCACCGAUUCCUACUGAAAAGUCAGAGACCGAGGAAAUAACACCUCCCGUUCCUACCAAAGAGCUUGACACAGAGGAAAUUGUGCCACCGAUUCCUACUGAAAAGUCAGAGACCGAGGCAAUAACACCUCCCGUUCCGACCAAAGAGCUUGACACAGAGGAAAUUGUGCCACCGAUUCCUACUGAAAAGUCAGAGACCGAGGAAAUAACACCUCCCGUUCCUACCAAAGAGCUUGACACAGAGGAAAUUGUGCCACCGAUUCCUACUGAAAAGUCAGAGACCGAGGAAAUAACACCUCCCGUUCCUACCAAAGAGCUUGACACAGAGGAAAUUGUGCCACCGAUUCCUACUGAAAAGUCAGAGACCGAGGAAAUAACACCUCCCGUUCCUACCAAAGAGCUUGACACAGAGGAAAUUGUGCCACCGAUUCCUACUGAAAAGUCAGAGACCGAGGAAAUAACACCUCCCGUUCCUACCAAAGAGCUUGACACAGAGGAAAUUGUGCCACCGAUUCCUACUGAAAAGUCAGAGACCGAGGAAAUAACACCUCCCGUUCCUACCAAAGAGCUUGACACAGAGGAAAUUGUGCCACCGAUUCCUACUGAAAAGUCAGAGACCGAGGAAAUAACACCUCCCGUUCCGACCAAAGAGCUUGACACAGAGGAAAUUGUGCCACCGAUUCCUACUGAAAAGUCAGAGACCGAGGAAAUAACACCUUCCAUUUCUACCCAGGAGCUCAACUUUGAGAAAAGCACUCCUCUUAUUCCAACCAAGGAGCUUGACACCAAGGAAAUCACACCUCCCAUUCUGACCGAAGAGCUUGGCAGAGAGGAAAUUGUCUCACCAAUUUCUAGUGAAAAGUCAGAGACCGAGGAAAUAACACCUCCCGUUCCGACCAAAGAGCUUGACACAGAGGAAAUUGUGCCACCGAUUCCUACUGAAAAGUCAGAGACCGAGGAAAUAACACCUCCCGUUCCUACCAAAGAGCUUGACACAGAGGAAAUUGUGCCACCGAUUCCUACUGAAAAGUCAGAGACCGAGGAAAUAACACCUUCCAUUUCUACCCAGGAGCUCAACUUUGAGAAAAGCACUCCUAUUAUUCCAACCAAGGAGCUUGACACCAAGGAAAUCACACCUCCCAUUCUGACCGAAGAGCUUGGCAGAGAGGAAAUUGUCUCACCAAUUUCUAGUGAAAAGUCAGACACCGAGGAAAUUACUCCUCCCAUUCCUACCAAAGAACUUUACACAGAGGAAAUUGUGCCACACAUUCUGACUGGAAAGGCAGACACUGACGAAAUAAGACUUUCCAUUUGUACUCAGGAGCUCAACUUUGAGGACAACACACCUCUAAUUCCAACCAAGGAGCUUGACACCAAGGAAAUCACACCUCCUAUUCCAAAAGUAGAGCUUGACAGAGAGGAAAUACCUCCAAUGACUACUGAAGAGCUUCACGCAGAGGGAAUUACACCUCCAAUUCCAACCCAGGACCUUGACUCUGAGGAAAUUAUACCUUCAAUUCCAACGCAGGAGUUUGUCACCAAGGAAAUCAGACCUCGAGUUCAUACCAAGGAGCUCAACACAGAGAACAUGACCGCGGAUGAAACACAUGAAGAUGCUAACCUGUCAAAGUCAGAUCAAAUCCUAAAAGAAUUAGAUAGCAUUGACGAGAUCCAUGAAUUUGUGGACUGCCUCACUGAUACAAACCAAGCUUUGUUGGAACCUGUCGAACAACUUCAGGUAGAGGAUCACAUUCCUGUUGUGAAUCAGUUGCAAAGUUUAAGAGAUGUACAAGAAGACAUGACACGUUUACAAGAAAAUGUUACAGCAGAAACAAUAAUUGAUGAACUAGAACAGGAAACAGUUGCAGUACAAGACUUUCUCCCGGCAGUCAUAAUACAUUUGGAGGAAAAGGAAGUCAAAGUAACCUCAGAAAACCUUCCAGGAGGAUUUAAAGAGGACCAAAAGCCAACAACAGAGAUUUUAUCUGAAGCGAGCUUGGAUUCUGUUGACGUCUCAGAAGCACAAACAGAUGCGUUUCCUUCGGAGGAAUGUAGUGUUCAACUUGCUGAAGAUAAAAUCCUUUCCGAAGAGGUCGUGAGUGAACUCAAGGAGGCAACAGAACUCUUGCGUGAAGUCAGUGUUGAACCAGAAAACAAAGCUGUAGCAAAGGAGCCGGUGGAUGAAUCAGAAGAUGAACUUAUUCAAGAAAUAGAAGCUGUGCAAGCAACACAGUUUGAAUCAGCGAAAGCAGAAGGAGUACUUGUUGAAAAACUGAACGAGGAGACAGUCUUGCUGCCUGAAAUUGAGGACAAAACAAUGGCUGCACCUGAAAUUGAAUUUGUUCAGGAUCCACAAGCAUUAGUACUAGCACAGGAAAGACCGUUUGGAUCAGUUACAGUUGACGUCCAAUACGCUGACCUCAAAGAACAUAUUGAUGAAGAAGAACCUCCGAUGGAAGAAGUCAAAGAGGAGAAUGUGCCUCUGCUCCAAACCAAUGUUGAGCCAGAAGAAAAAGAACAGAAGUCAGUGAGCGACUCCCAAAUAGAACACAUAAAAGAGGAAGAAGACACAAGAGUAGAAGACAUGUCAGUUAAAGCUGAAGAAAUAUCAAAGGGUAUAACUACAGAAGAAACCAUGAUUGCUGAAUUUAAAGAUAGACCCGUGCCUCUAACUGACCAUGAACCAAUAAGCAAAGACCAGAAGGCCAAAGCUGAACUUAGUCCUGAACAAGAAGUAGUCCAAAAAUCAUGUCUAAAAUCAGAGCAACGCAAAGAAAUAGGUGAAGGCACCCAUCCACGGGGAACCAUGAAAGAAGAAUGUGAAGAGGAGACUGUGACUCAGCUUCAAACCAAUAUUGAGUCAGCGAAAGAUGAUAAGGUGGAACUACAUGUAUCUGAAAUUGAACUGGUGAAAGAAAUAGAAGGAACACACCCUACUCAAUCAAUACAGACACAAUCGGUUGACGCAGAACAAACCAUCGUUGCAGAAGAAAAGAUGACAGAACUCAAAGAGGAGACUGUACGUUUAACGUUAGUCCAACCAGAGAGUGGCCUGAAAGUGGUGGAUGCAGCCAAAACUGAACCAAAUCCAGAACAAGCUGUAGUCGAAGAGGACGAAGCAAUAACAGAUGACAUUGCUAAGGAGAGAACAGUUUCAGUUGCACUUAAAGAGGAGGCCGUGCCACUCAGUGAAAUUAAUGUGGAACCAGAGGAUAAAGACGAGGAAGCAGUGAAUGAAACUGAAAACAUAAAAGCUGUAAAAUCCGAAGCCUUUGCAUCAGAAGAAGCCAACGAAGUAAUACAUCGAUCUGAAGAAACAACAGAAGGAAUUCUGGUCAAGGUAAUCACUCCAGGCGAACUCAAAGAGGAAGCGGAGCCACUACCUGAAGUCACUCCAGGGAACGAAGGCAAGAAGCAACUAACUGGUUUGACAGAGGACAAUAUUUUGCCAGAGAAAACCACUGAAGAUGCACAGAAUGAAACAACGAAAUCGAGCCCUGAAACAGAAGCACUGCAAAGUAUAAGUGAUCUAGUUCAAGAGCUGGAAGAAGAUACUGUAGUUGCGACAGAAACAGUGGAGGUGGCUAUAUCUCGACUAGGAAUCACUGAAAAACGUAUCACUCGGACACUUCCAAAGGAAGCAUUGGCAGAAGAUAUCCCAAAACCAGAAACAGAGAAUGAAAUCACUUCCGAAGGGGAGGAAACCAAGCCUCAACUGGAUCAAGCUUUAGAUAAGGAGGAGGAUCCAGAACCAGAGAACACUGCUGAUGACCUCCCACAAGUUAUGGAGGAGGAAGAAGAGGAAGAUGGCACACCACAAGUCACAGAAGCAGAUGUAUCUUCACAGCAAGGGGAAACAAGGUGCGCCCAGAUCCUUGAAAAGGUUAUUUAUGAAGAAAUCCCAGAAUUUGAGGUGGAGCCAAGUGACAUAAAAACUAGAAUUGAGGGAGAAAACUGUGAUCGAUCAGAUGUCGAGGUGACGACUGCUACAGCCGAGCACGCAGUGGUGACUCAAGUGACCAUGUGUGAUCUUAAAGAGGUCUCAACCUCUCCCCCUGCUCUGAUUGCGACACCGUCUGCCAUACGGGAACCACUACAGGGCUCUGUGGCCACAGAAUCCACAGAAACUGCUGUGAAUGAAGCACUGCUGAUGACAGAUGUGGCAGAAAUGGCAAAGAUGGGCAAUGAGGUCAUGAUGAUGCAUGUGCCAGCGACAGUGAUAGAGGACAACCACAGCAUUCAAGUACAAGUUGUCCAUGUGGACAUCACAUUGGCAGAGAGGAGCGUGGAUCAGAGGCUGCAAGUCGAGAUAAGAGAAAAAGGAGUCAUUGACGUGUGUAACGCAAGUGUUGAAAGGGUUGAACAUGUUUCCGCAUCUAUGGGGGUUGAGCACGUAAUACAUGAGGACAAUACGGUGAUCCGUCAUGCAGUUGUUCCACAUGUAAGGGAGACCCAACCUGAGACCUUCGAACAAGUGGUCUUAAUAGAAGCAAAGGAAGUUGAACUUGGGAAAGAUGAUGGAAAUAUGGAAAUACCAGACAAGGAGCUUGCUCACAAAAGAGAGAAUUUGGCAGAGGCGUCCCAACGAGAAGCUGACACACGUAGUUUAGAGGUCCCCGUACGACAGGAGAGUUUAGAGGAAACAAUAGGUGACCUGGGUAAAUCUGAAGUGACAGAGGACCGAAGACAGACAAUAUCACCUCAUACAGUACCACAAAAUAUUUCCGUAGAAUCAAUGUCAGAGUCUGAGUGGGAAAAGGAGGAUGGAAAUUGGGCCCUUGAGGCAGAGAAGCCAAUGGCAACAACUGAUGGUGUUCAGGCACCAGUAGUAGAAGAAGAACCCUCAUCCCAAACAGAUAGUCAUGAGGACACAGAGCCAGCUCGGAAAGGUCCUCAAACCACAGUAGUGGAAGAGCCUUUACCCAAAAGAGAGGCAGUUGCUAGUCAAAAAGAGAAAGAUCUGACUGAGGAAGGAGUACAGUCACGAGAACCCUUAUCCCAAACCACUCUAAACGAGAGCCAAAACGCAGAGCCAACCGAGGAGAGUCCUCAGACCCCAACAGCAGAAGAAACGCGAUCCCAAACUGUUACACAAGGCCCUUUGUCCCAACUAGAUCCACUUGAUGACCUAAAAACAACACAGCAAAGUGAGGUUAGUGUUCAGGCAUUAGAAAAAGAGAAACACAUAUCCCAAAUAGAUAAAGAUGACAAUUUGACUAAGGUUAGUGUUCUUACCCCUGAAACAAAAGAGCACCUACCCAUGCUGGAUACAGUUGUUCGACACGCGACGCUAAUAAAAGAAGGUCUUCAGAUGCUGGUAGCAGAAGAAAUCCUUUUGGAAUUACCACCAGUUGUUAGCUAUAAAGAGACCGUGGCCGCUGAGGUUGGCAUUCUGGAACUGGACUCUGUAGAUUUAGUUCACCACAAACAGACUGGUAUUAGUAGGCAAAGUGUUCAGGCACAAGAAACAGAAGAGUCUUUCUGCCCCAAAGAGCCAGUUGAGAGCCAAACACAAGCAGUGCAAAUCAAGGAGAGUCAUCAGGCACCAAAAGCAGAGGAGUCAAUAUCCCAAAAAGAAUCCACUGAAAGUCAGAAACAGAUGGCGAUACCGGAGGAACAUGAUCUACCCCAUAAAGACUCCACUGAGACCCAGAAACGGACUGAGCCACCAGAGGAGCAUUUUCAACUCAAGAAAGAGUCCAGCCAGACUCAGAAACAGACGGAGCGACAACAGAAACAUGUUCAGGCAAGAAAAAUCCAAGAGUCCCUAGCCCAAAAAGAAUCCACUGAGACCCAGAAACAGGUACCAGAGAAACACGUUCAGGCAAGAGAAGACCAAGAGUCCCUAGCCCAAAAAGAGACAGAGCGCACUGAGUCGUCUGUUCAGGCCCCAGAAACGGAAAACAGCCCAUUCCCAGAAGAGUCUGCCGAGGGCCAAAAACAGACGGUUCGGAUUAAAGAGACCUCAGAACCGGCAAGAGAAUUAGAUUCAAUGGAGAUCACAGUGGCCACAGAACCUCCAGUCCUUUUGGAUUCUGGACUCCAAGAAGCAGCAGAGGAAAUCCUACCAGUGUUAGCAGUAGAGAAACUUCAGCCAGUGGAAACAGGAGAAAAAAUUGCAUCCAAGGCAAAUGAAAUACCCAACAUCCGGGGAACAGACAGGUUCCAAACUGUACAAAAACCAGAAUCCGAGGCCCUUGUCAAAGAAGCAGAUGACAAACAGGACAUAUGGGUGGACGCGAGGGAAGACCUCGACUUUCAAGAGGAAACAGACCACUUGCCGUCUCAAGAUGAGAACUCACGACAUGACUGCAAGCCAGAAACAAAAACAGCACACGAGGAGGAGUCCGAAAUGGUGCCGAUUCCUGAACCCGAGGCCGAAAGUAACAACGAAGAUGAGGAUUUUGCCGUUGCACUUGAUGAUCCCAAAACGGAAAGCGCUGCAGUCAUCGAGUGGGAUUGAGCAGGUUGCUUAGAUGUGCAGAACGUCAUCGCGGGGGAGGAUACAGUCAACUCGUGUCAUUUUCACUCUCAUUUGGAUGACUCAUCAUACCAUUAUUGUUUGGUGCCAUUUUGUUUGCUAUUUAAUCGCUUCGCUACACAUAUCGCAUAUUCAGUGAACGCCUGCUCAUCCGCAAAUUUGUCUCGUCAAGAUUUCAAGGACUUUGUUACACCAACACAGGUUUUCAUGUGAUACGGCACGAAAUGUGGAUGGAAAUUGGCGGGACCCUAACCUAAUCUAGCAUGUCUGCCUCACAGUUCUGAGGUACGAGCUUGGAAUCUUGGUCCUUGUGCAGUUUGUGCGCUCUGGCUUCCUCCCACAUUCCCAAAACAGAAUAGGACGAUGUAGUAAGACACUUGUAUAGUUCUUAAUGUGUAUCAGUGGUCCGCUGUGUUUCGGUUCAUGCUAGUAGUAUGCAACGGGCGGAGCGGGGGUCUGAUUUCCCAAUCGGGAGCUCAUCGGCGGUGGGGCCAGCCGCCAAGAUUUGAAUUGUACAACUACGUCCUCUCGGUGUAAACUCCCCCCCUCAGGCGGCCCCCUUGUCACGGAAUCCACGCACCGAAUGGCGGCCGUAACCUUUGUAGCCUUCGUUGACGGCUCCGUUCAUCGUUUACCCCGAAGACAUAUUGUCCAGUCAACUGCAGGGGCGAUUUACGGAUAAGGAUUUGCUCUCAGGAAUGCAAUUGUCCUCUUUCAAGCUUAAAGUUGAAAAAGAAAUCGCUGAAGCAGUCGACACCUCCGCAGGCAUCCCGCUACACUGUGAAAAUGUCUCUUCGAGCGCUUAUAAAAAUACACGACGCUAUGGACACACUUUUCUUUGUUUGUAUCAGCGACAUAUCGACAUAUUUUGACACAUACGCUGAUGUCAAAUGU